AUUGUGCCUAAAAGUGCUGUUGAGAUAGUGUAGACUAUGCAUCGGCUGAAUUAAAAUAGUAUAAGAUUGAAGAUACAUUUUCGACUUCGUUAAAAGGUUGAGUGCAGAUUCCAAAUAGAAAAUGGUUGGGAGAAGAAGAAACAAUAAAAAAAAACAGGGAGGAAGGGCAGAUGCUCUUAAGAAAGGAACAAGUACUGUCCAAGCCACAAGUUCUCAAGACAAUGUUGAUGUGUCUCCAGAAAUGAUGGAUGUUUUGGACCUAUCAGAUAUAAAAGAAACGGAAGACAUGUUUGCUGAAGAGAUGGAUAAAGAACUAUCCUUAGCAAUUGCUGAUAUUUUUGAAAAUGAAUACAGUGAUGAGUUGGGUGAUAUAAUUUCUGGGAGUGAUGAACUGGGGUUUGCAGAUACUAAAAAUAUUAUCACUGAUACAUCUGUGCCUGCUUCUGCAGAUACAAAGUCAAAGGAGACAAAUCAAACAACAAAAAAGAAACUGGAUGAUGAUAAACCAUCUGUCAGUAGUACACAAUCAGUCAUGGAUAAAGAAAUGACAGAAAGUAUGGCUACUGAGUGUGACAAUAGUGUGGAAAAAAAUUCUUCUGUGUCUCAGUCAGUAAACACAGAAGAACUAAUUGUCAAAGAGAGUGAAUUGUCUCAGUUGGAUCUAUUUCCAAAAAUUUCAGUUACUGGAGUGGAGAAGAUAGAAAAAGAAGACAGUCUGAAUUCUCAGGUUAUUGACAGAGAACAAGAAAAUAAAAACUUAGGUCAUUGUGAAGAACCAUCUCUUUUGGUUGACCCAAAUUCUAGUGUUGAAGCUGGAUUAAGUAUUGAAGAAACUAUACAGGAUACUUGUAAAACUGAAAGUCAAGAGCUGAUUGUAGAAAACAGUGAUUCAGUGUCAGAGGCAGCAUUAAGUAUGUCAGCAUCCACAGACAUUGAUAACAAAAGUUUGAGUAAUACAUCUUUGGUUUUCUCAACAACAUAUUCUGUGGGAACAAAAUGUUUAGGAAAUAUUUUGGAAAAAAAUGUUUCAGAAAGUAACCCAUUUGUCAUGGAAGGUGACCAAUUUGAAGACAAAGAAGUAAAACCUAGCUCAAAUGAUUUUCAUGCUGACAAAUGUAACAUCAUAGUUUCUUUGGAAGACUUAGAGACAUCUAAAGAAAGGUCUGGCAGUGUGGAUGUAAAAAGUGUUGAAACAUCAGAAAAACAUGCAAUGAAUGAGAUGUCUCAUGAAUCUGGUUAUGAAAACCAUGAUAGGAUCAAAGCUGUAAGUAAUGCUGAAGCUGAAGAUAAAAAUGACACAGUUUGUACUGAAACAGUAGAACAAACAAGUGGUAAUCAGUCAGAUAAAAAACUCACCAGUAUGAAUGAUGAAGAGAGUAUUGGAGAGUUGGAACUUGGAGAUGAUGAAUUAGCAGAAUUAAUAGAGAAAGAGUUGACUGAAAUUGUUAAAAAUGACAGUGUUGACGAGCUUUGUAAAGAAACAGAUUCAAAAUCAGCUCAGUUAUUACACGACCAAAAAUAUGAAGAGACAAAACUUAAUGGAUUAUUUCGUGGAAGUUGUCACCUUGAAAAUGAAUUGAAAAAUACACUAUCUCCUCUAAUUGGGCUAGAAUAUGUGGUUGAGGUGUGGCAACUUAAGUGGGAAAAAUUCAAAUUUUUUGAAUGUAUUCUUUGUAAACAAAAGCUCAAUGACAAAACUCUUGUUCAGCAUUUAACUGAUUCGCUUCACAGGGUUUUAUAUCUGGUAAGUACGAGAUUUAUUUCUUAAUUUUUUUCUAUAUAUUUACUGAUUGGUUUCACCUGCUUCUUUGCUGUAAUGUGGUGAUUAUGUUUAAGUUUGAGAGUCAUAAAUGUGUAUAUUCUUGUUAAAGGUGUAAAUUGGAACAAUUAUCAGAGCUGCUAUGUAACAGAUACAGCCUUGUCUUUCAGUGCUUUACGUAAGUUCCAUAAGACUUGAGUAAAUAGGAAGUUUUAUUUCAGCAUAUAUGACAACAGUGUGUACAUUUUCACAAUUGUUUAUUUUUUCUAAUAUAUCUCUAUAUAUCUAAAAUAAAAUUAUAAGUAACUCUUUUCUGUUCACAAAAUGAACCCACCAAAACCAUGAUACAAUUAUGAUAUAAUGUCAAUAUUUUGAAUAAUGGAUUCCAUAUUGAAUUUAACAGUCUGUUUGUCAAAUGCAUCUAAUAUACACUCUUUGCCAUCAGUUUGUGUAGCAAAGGCUUAGAGGUUACAAAAAAGAAAUGCAAAAAGUAUGGAUUUUUUAAAAAUUAUUCACAGAUUAAGGCAGCUUUGAGUGAAUGAUGAUCUAAAACAGAUUUAGGAUAAAUGUUUCUGGUUCUGUAUGAAAGUGGAAUAAAUUAUUGAGAAAAGAAAAUAUCAGACUUGUAAUUGGAGGAAGAGCAACAAUUGUUAAAUUACUCACUAUAAUAUCAUUGCUCAGAUAAAGCAUAAUUUUUAUAGCCUUCGUUCU